GUAUGUAGGCAUUAAUAGUCAUUGUAUUCGUCAGGAACAAUAUGCAUGUUCGAGUGAGUUUAUACGUUCUUCUCAGCUUGGCAGUCUGUGUCAGUGCGAAAUGCAACAUUCCGCGUGAUUUGAGAGGGCACCACUACUUAGUGAAUCACUUCUUUGAUAGAAUACCCGGAGAAGAAUUGAUUAUACGGACACAUUAUGUAGAGAUAGUACAGGAUGGACAAACACAGCAACUCGACUGUAUCGACAGCCAGUACUCAGACAUACUUCUCAGAACAUCUGACGGUACCGGGAUCCUUUGUCUUCAGCUACCACAGAUAAUGGACGUCCCAGCCGAGUUCCAAGUCAGGCGACGGAACGUUGAAGCUCCUGAUGGCGCUUUGUUUACUCCGUCUCCCAUCGGAAGUGACGUCAUACCAACUAUUGAGAACCAGUGCACAGUCUACAUCAACUCGGAUGUCUAUACGUCAAGAACCAGGCCCGGCUGUAAUUUCCCAGUAGAUCUUCAAAAGACUUGGACGUACUCACGUGGACCACUGUCUGAAAUCACGUUUACGAACACCAGCGCAAUGAUAACGCUGAGAGAUGGGAACAACUUUACUGGGGAGUGCGAGAGACACGACACCGAUCGCAACGCGGUACACCGGAUAGCUCUCAGGACAAGCCUAGAUGCAGAUCAUGACGGGGUGAUGUGUUUGGUACUCCGACCUCUGAGUGGCGGGAAACUCCUCUCCCAACAAGCCAACAAUGGUGACCGCUACAUGAACCUUGUGAAGACCAUCUUCUUCAUGGAACCAAUUUAUUUGUACGAAACUUGCGACCUGAUAGACGAACCACUAGAGGGCGCUGUCAUGCAGGCUACCUGGGAAAGUUAAUUGUGAAGUUGAUGAAAAUAAAAACAUUACACAUUUCAUUUAA